GUGAAGAUAGAGGAACGCUCUCACAGGUCGUGGAACAGCUGCUCCGCCACGACCAAAAAUCGCAAUAAUUAUCAAUCCAUGGGAUUAUAAUACAGCCGUACUAGUACUAUCCGAUACGUGUUUAUCAAAAUGUUCUUUUCCCAGCAGCAGUUCCUGAGCGCGUUGGUGCUGUUGCAGUUCUUCCUGUCCGUCCUGGACAAUCUGCAGGUUCAGCGGCCCUACGGAACGUCAGGCUGGGCCUGGUGUGUGGCUUCGGAGGAAGACGAGGAAAUUUUUUCCUCUUUGGAGAAAGUAGUUGUAGCAGGAGGAGGAGGACCACAGGAACGUGGAAGUACAACGACCUCAUCGCCGGGCGGUAGUACAACUAGUAGCGCGCCACCAGCACCACACGACGUGAAAGAACAUUUACAGGCACAAGACCAUGCGCAGGAGACGUCGUCGUCAUCGUCAAAACUACAAUCAGAGGACAGCGCUGCUCCUCCACCGCUGACCUUUUCGGAGCUCUGCGCACGUGUGAACUUUUACAAAAGUAGCAACUCGGGAAGUAGAACCCCUUCAGGCAGGAACAAAAUACAUAAGAACUACGACAGCGGGCGGGGCAAAAAUGAAUUCGAGCGCACGUUUGAGUUUGGUAAUGAAGACGACGCAGAACUAGAAGAUGAUGAAGAUGAACCUCCGCUGUUCUAUCACGCCCGUGUAAGAAUCCAGAAUAUAGUGCAGCUAGCAGGGCGGAUUAAC